AGCGGUGCCCCUGUCCUCUGCCCUGCCAACAAUGACCCCUGUCCUCUGCCCUGCCAGCAGUGACCCCAGUCCUCUGCCCUGCCAGCAGUGACCCCUGUCCUCUGCCCUGCCAACAACGACCCCUGUCCUCUGCCCUGCCAGCAGUGACCCCUGUCCUCUGCCCUGCCAGCAGUGACCCCUGUCCUCUGCCCUGCCAGCAGUGACCCAUGUCCUCUGCCCUGCCAGCAGUGACCCCUGUCCUCUGCCCUGCCAGCAGUGACCCAUGUCCUCUGCCCUGCCAACAACGACCCCUGUCCUUUGCCCUGCCAACAACGACCCCUGUCCUCUGCCCUGCCAGCAGUGACCCCUGUCCUCUGCCCUGCCAACAACAACCCCUGUCCUCUGCCCUGCCAGCAGUGACCCCUGUCCUCUGCCCUGCCAACAAUGACCCCUGUCCUCUGCCCCCCUGACCUCCAAUCCUCUGCCCCCCUGGCAUUUUUUACUGCACCCCUACCCUGCCAGAGGUAAGUAAUAUGCCUUACCCCUGC